CCGCCAUAUUGCAAACAAGAGUCUGUCUGACGCCACAGUUCGCCGGUCGCGCCGCAAAUUCUGCCGAAAAUCUCCGCUUUUCCGCUGAACUACCAAAAGCCAGGCCGUCUUGAGACGUCUCCGCCAUGUCUGAGACGCAGUCUGAGGAGAAGAAGGACCCCCCGGAGACCGGAGACUCCGCCCCGGCAACGGGACACCACAUCGUGCCGCCGCCCGGUCACCACGUCGCCACUCCUAGCGACCACGGAAUCCCCGGUCACCACGGUUACCAGCACGGCAACACCGGUCACCACGGCGUCAUGGAUCACCAUGGCAACAUGGAUCACCAUGGCAACCUGGAUCACCAUGGCAACCUAGAUCACCAUGGCAACGGGCACGGGUCAACAGGACCCGGCCACUUCCUGUACGGUUCAGACCAGAACAUCCUGACGGACAUCCCCGGACUGGGAGGAGAACCCCAGAGGGAGGAGGAACAGCAGACACAACAGCCUGCUGCAGGCUCCCAGGGGGAGGGGCAGCAGCAGGAGGAAGAGCCACUUGUGCGUUCUCCACAAGAAACUGAGGAAAAUGUAGCAGCGCAGACAGAAAGCGUGGUUCGAGAUUUCCUAUUCCAGAGACACCAGCGAGAGCAGGCGAGAGAAGCACAGGUCGGGGAGUGUACGCCUUCCAUGCCGGAACUGGUGCCUGAUGUCAACCCGCUCAGCCGAGAGAGCGAAGUCGGGCGCAAACUUGCGAUGAUCGGAGACGAAAUCGAGACGCGCUACGAGAGCGAGUUCAAGGCCAUGAUCAAGACGCUGCGAGUCACGCCCUCCACGGCGUACGAAGCUUUUGCGGGCGUGGCACGAAGGUUAUUCCGAGACGGUAUAAACUGGGGGCGGAUCGUUGCGCUGCUCUGUUUCGGGUACCGGAUGGCCGUGGACGUUCUCGAGCGCGGAAUCCCGGACUUCGUACGGCAAAUCAUCAAAUACGUCGUCCAGUUCAUCAUCUCCGAGCGGAUAGCCAGGUGGAUCGCAGAACACGGCGGAUGGAGAGGAGUCCUGAGCUACACGCUAAACGAGGGAUUCCAGGCGCUCGGAACCGUGUUCGUCGUCGCUGCAGUUACAGUCAUCGCCGCCGUGUGGCUCUUCAGACGAUCAUAGAACCGGCAGGAACCCCCCACAUCAACAAUGGUACAGUCCGAACUCUGCUAACUCGGCCAUACCGAGGAUGAUACCACUUCAGUUGUAGGGAUGUCAGGAUAGAUACUAUUAUUCCCUGUACCAUAUUGA